AUGCAAUCGCUCGUCCUUCCCCCUUCUUCCUAUAUCCCUACAGAAUUUGGACACCCAAGAUUCAAUCAGGCCCAAGAGCGGCUUUCAUUCAGCCUUCCUCGAUCAACAAAUGCUCGACGGUACACCCCUCGGGAUCUGCCUCCCCCUCGCUCUAUGUCCGGUCCGGUCCCAGCCGAGGACUCGCUGGAGGCUUCUGGAAAUGCGAGGCGCUCCGGACAUCCAGAGCUCUUCCAACCAGUAUCAACGGCGACUAUAACCGUAUCAACGGCGACGCCUGUCGGUAUCUCGGGUUCUCAGCUUCCUGCGGGGCUCGCAGCUGUCUCGGAACCGGUGGUACAGCGCAUGGUUUCCGCGCCCGGGGAGGAUGUGAUAAGACAACAGCUCAGUCUUAGUGAUGCAUUCCCUUCGACACGGCUUCCGCCUUCCAUGGGAGCCCCAGCUUUAUCGCAGACUUCGGUGACUCCCUACGCCCAGCCUUCGUUCGGAUCGUCUCCCCCGGAAACCUCCAGUCGUCCACUCCCGCAAAAACCAACCAGGCGCACGAAAGCGCAUGUCGCAUCGGCGUGUGUCAACUGCAAGAAGAAGCAUUUGGGUUGCGAUCCAGCGCGGCCAUGUCGAAGAUGCGUUCUCUCGGGAAAGGAAGUAAGUGCUACGUGUGUAGAUGUCACGCAUAAAAAGAGAGGGCGACCGCCAUUGAAAGCAGAAGAAGCUUCGCUCCGCACAUAUGCCGCGCACAUGGAUCGAGCAACGGCCGGGGAGCAUCAUAGCUCUCAGUCGAGACGAACACACAUGCAUCGCGCAACCUCCUCACGAGAGAUACGUCCCAUGACAGAUUUACAGAUGAUAGGGGGCCAGACAGGGGCGAUGGGCAUGAGAGUUUCGUCAGGACAUCCACACCGAUGGUCGGCUUCCAUGUACCCUCACGCCCUGGAUCCUGCCAUGACAAUGCAACGAAGCAUCGGCCAUAGAAGGUUUUCCUCCUCUGGAUCAGCGCAGUCGAUGACCGCGGCAUCACCUCCAAAUUAUGUGCCCAUGCCUGCUGGGUAUAAUCCCGCGCUGGGAGUUAGUCGCAUGCCCACGGGGGCUGCACGGCCACUAUCCUCUUACACCCACCAGGGUUUGAUCCCAGCGACGACGCCACCGCACUACCAACAACCAUUCAUCCCAUUGUCACCUUACUCGGAGACCACGAGAAUGGCGAAUCGGAUGCCAAUCGGGGAGAUGCCGAUGGCAAGAGAUCCUCGUGAAGGAUACAUUGAGUCACCGGUCAGACUUCCCCCUAUUUACGCGCCAACGAUGGGAACACCGGCCCAGGUGUCGCAAAGCCACCGCCUAAGCAGCGAUUCAUACUCUGCAUUAUGGUCACCACCCACGCGAGAGGACUUUCUACACCAGGAGCAUCGCCAGCAUAUGCCACCGCUUGGAUUUAUCGAACCAGUUUCACCGAACAGCCAGAUGCGUCCAGGAGGGUCAGAUCCAGGAAACGUGGAUCCAGCCAUACGACAGCUGGGAUCUGUGGCCCCUACUACAGAAGGACAUUCGCUGCAACUGUCCCCUCCGCAAGCUCAACCCGAUCAAGCUACCGCUGAAGCCCAUCCACAAGAUUCAAGGCCAGCCAAGCGGAGAAAGAUGGCCUUGGAUGACAUGGUAAAUGAUUAGAUAUGACCAACGCGUCAUGUUUUGGUCACUUUGUCACUUUCCAAGUUCAAAAAAGGUCCUGAAUUGAGGAGGCUCAGUUCUUGUAGCGGGUCUACAACACAGACGAUCAUGGCGCACACUUUCCUUUGUCGUAUGAUUCGUUCUCGCUCACGAUCUCUUUCGAAAAUGUCUGUUUAUAUAUACCACUUCUUUCAUUUCGUUAUUUCUUAUGUAUUCCCUUCAGCUCAACGUUCUUGACCUAGCACGAGAGCGCAGCUCGUCUAGCUACGACUCACAUUUCCUUUGUUUUCCAGUGGAGCGGCAUGAUUUUCUAUUUCUGCAAGUGUGUGAUUUUUCUAUCCUAUUGUUCGACGCAUAGCGUGUUGCGGUCAUUCUUUCAAGAUACACUCCACGGCUUCUGAUUACUCUGUUUUCUGUCAUAGACGGCGUUGUGGGAUUCCAGGCCUUUCAACAUCUACGUUUUCUGCAUUACUGCAUUUGGGG